UAUAUAUAUAUAUAUAAUGAAAGUAAAAUGGCACUUCCAACAUUGUGUCCACGCUGGGUAAAAAGUAUGAAGUCACCUGCUGAAAUAUCUGUUCAGCAUUAUGCUAAAAGAGAACAAAUUAAUGCUAAUAAUGUUAGCAACUAUCAAUUUUUCAAAAAUUCAGAAGUUCAAGCUAAUAAAAUAAAAGAGUGGUCUUCAAAAGACUCAUUUGAAAAAAGUAUGGUAUGUGUUGACAAGUUGAUUGAAUCUGCAGCUGCCAGUGAAAAAAAACAUUUAUUAGAAUUGAGAAGAAAUAAAUUGCACAUACUUUUGUUAAAAGAAAAUGAAUUUUAUCAGAACGAACUAAAAAAAUUAAGAUUAACAAGUAUAAAGUAUGAUAGAGUUGAACAUCUUCAAGCUAAAAAAGAAGAGAGAAGAAAAUUGAUUGCUGCAGAAAAAGAUUAUGAAUGCUGGAGAAAAAAUGAUCCAAGAAUUAGAGAGAUGGAAACAGAGACAAAACAAAAGGAGCUUGCAAAUGAUUGGAGAGAACAGCUAUUAGAAAAAGAAAAGAUAAAGAAGUGUACUGAGGAAUUUGAUGCAAGACUUGAAGAGCAAAUGGAAAAAGAAAAUUUACAUGCUUUAAAUUAUAUGAAAGAUUAUCAAAAUGAAUUAAAAAAAAAGGAAAAACAAAUUUCACAUGAUCUGCUUGCACAAAUAAAUGAGUUGGAAAAGAAAAAUAAAGAAGCAGAAUCUCUUAGAAAUGAAGAAAUGAAAUUACAGGAGCAUAAUCUUUUUCUGCUAAAUAUGGAAAAAAAAAGAGAGUUGAUUAAGAAACAUAAAGAAAAACAAGAUUUUGGAGAUUUUCUCAUACGUCAAAACAAACAGCAGCUUAAAAAUAGAAGUAAACAGAUACAGGAAGCAUUGGAGAUGGAUCUUCAACUAUUAGAAGAAAUGGCCAAAAAGGAAGCUGAAGAAAGAACCAUUUAUGCAGCAAAAAAAGAUAAACUAAAAGCUGAUGCUCAAUCAAUGCAGCAAGUUUUUGCUGAUCAACUGCGGUUAGAAAAGAUUCGUGAAGCAGAACUUGAAAAUUUUUAUCAGGAAAAUGCAAACAUUCAGUGGAGAAAAAGAGAAAGUGAGUGGGAACGGGAAGCACAAGCUAGAGAAAGACUCAUUAAAACGGUUUUAGAAGAACGCCAAAAGCAGAUAGAGGAGAAAAUUGCACAGAUUCAUAUAGAACAAAAAAGUUCUAUUGCUGAAAGAGAGAAGUUGUUGAUGCUAAUUGAAGAACAUAAAAGUCUUCUGGAAAAUGAGCAAGCUAUUGAAUGCAUUAGGAAGAAUGAACGGAAACAAGAAAUUUUAGAUCAAAUAAAUUCUCGUGAGAGCGAAGUAAAGAAAGCUCAAAUUUCUGAAGAAAAGAACCAAGAUUUGCUCAUGUCUCGUGAAUUAUCUAAAGAAGCUUUAAUAAAAAGUGAAGCUGAAAGAAUGAAUAGCAAAUCUUUUGAGAAUACUUUUCGACGGAGGAAAGUUGCUUUUACCUAAAUCUGCAGCAUGUUUUACUUUUACGUUUUUUACUGGAAAACCUUCAGCUACUACGAACAUCAUUCAGCUACUACAAACAUAUUUUUUUGUAUCGAAUUUUAUCAUAUAAAAAUGUUAUGUAA